CGCUAUUCUGCAGGCGGCAAUUUUCAAUAAAAUAUGAAUGAAUGUUAAUCCAUUGCUGGAAUAGUGAGGUUUAUCAAUUCUUCCAAGAACAAUGUUCGAAGCAAAGCUUGGUAGUGCUUCGACACUGAAGAGAAUUGUAGAUGCUAUCAAAGAUCUUGUCACAGAUGCACCCUUUGAUUGCAGUGAGACUGCUAUGUGCUUACAGGCAAUGGAUUCAUCGCAUGUUGCAUUGGUGUCAUUGAAAAUGGAUGUUGCAAUGUUCGAAAGCUAUCGUUGUGAUCGAACCAUUAACCUUGGUCUUAGCUUAGCAGGUAUGGCAAGAGCGCUAAAAUGUGCAAAUAACGAAGAUACAUGCUUGAUUCGAUAUGAAGAAAACGAUGAUUCGGUGCUAUUCCUCUUCGAGGAUACGAAACGGGAUAAAAGUCAGGAAGUGGUCGUUAAAAUGAUGGAUAUUGAUAGUGAGCAUCUUGGCAUCCCGGAACAGGAUUAUUCUGCUGUUGUUUGUAUGCCAGCUGCUGAAUUCCAGAAAACUUGCCGUGACUUGGCUAUGUUCUCUGACUCCCUGAUGAUAACAGUAACCAAGGCAGGUAUUGUCUUCACCGGUAAGGGUGAUACCGGCUCAUCUACAGUUACUUAUGCUCCUUCAAAAAAUGCCGACGAAGAGGAACAGGCUGUAUCAGUGAACGUAAAGGAGCCUGUUACAGUUAAUUUUUCCAUCAAAUACAUGAAUCAUUUCACGAAGGCUACAGGACUUUCUGACCGAGUUCGUCUUUCUUUAUGCAAUAGUGUACCUGUGGUAGUAGAGUAUGAACUUAGUGAAAACGGACACUUGCGCUUUUAUCUGGCUCCAAAAAUAGACGAUGAGGACGCAGACAUGAAGUAAUCAGUAACGUUCUACUAAUAUCGAUAUUAUGAAUGCGAACUAGAAUUGUUAUCCCACAAUGCUUCAGUACAGUUCAUUUCACUGUUCGGCCAGCUGUCCCAUAUGAGCUGACCUUUUCAUGACUCCAGUUGCUUCCUUCUUUAUUAUCGUUUGAAUUCAUAAUCAUACAGUCAUAUAAUCAGUAUCUCUGUCAUUUCAUCUCACAUCUAUUGGUCUCCUUAAUGAAAUUACAACAACCAUUGCAGUUUUGGAUCAAAUUUCUAACAAUGGUUUAUGGUCUAUAC